CCACCCACAUUCUCCAACUUUUCUUUCUCCCUCUCACACAAUUCUUCCUCCAUUCCUCAAUCUCACAGCUUUCUCGUCACCUCCAGCAGUUAGCGUUCUAGCGUUCCAGCCAAGGCCAUCCCAUAGUUGGGUUAAGUCAUCGUUUCUCUCUCAGCUUGUCGUCAACCUCCUAACUGGAUAGUCAUGCUAGCUUUUCCCUCCUUUCUUUCCCUAGGCCUCUCUCUUCUUAUAUUCCUUGCUGUUUUCCUCCAACAAAUAAGCAUCCUCUCACUUUUUCCAUAUCUCUUAUGUCUCUAGGUGCUCUAGCUUGUUAAGGAACCACGGGUAAUCACCUUUCAACUUUAUUUCAAGGUACGGAUUCUACCCUCCCGCCAUGCCCUUCUCCUCUGCUCUCGUCCAUACCUUGUCUCAAUUCUUCCUUUCUCCCACCAUUACGGGAAAUCGUUCCUUACGUCGCACUUCCUAAUUCUCCAUGUUUUCUUUGUUCAUUGUCGUUCUCUUCAUUUUUACGUCCUCUUAUCCAGGUUUCACAUGUCUCUUAUUCUGCUAACCCUUGUGAUCUGGCUGCAGGUUCGAAACUUUGAACCACUCUUAUUAUGCAUCUGCUAUCUUUUUAUUGCAUAAUGCAUACUUUAUUGUUUUGAAUUGUUUUGGCCUUUGCUAGGUGCAUGCAGUCCUGUUGUGUGUUGUGCAUGGGCACUCGUGGUAAUACGUUUUGUGUGUCUCAAAAUCUGGAUUGCUUUUAUCGUUUCGUGAAGGUCCUUUGACUCUCUCUGUGAGUGCGGUCAAUUGACUUGAAAUCGAUAUAGUAAAUCAGGUUUUGGUAUUCACAAAAUUGCUUGUCAAAAAAAAAUGCUUUCCGGCUAUCACCACGUCGAGAUGCACCCCUCCUACUGGAAGUAUUUGGGCUUCCAAUUUGAGGGCGCGUACUACUCCUUCCGCUCGCUGCCGUUUGGUUUCCCCAUGGCCCCGUUCGUUUUCACCCAGCUGAUCAAACAGUUGGCAAAGCGGUGGAGGGCCAGUGGCCUACGCGUCGUACCGUACGUCGACGACCUUCUAUUCCUUUGCAACUCUCAAACGCACGCGCGCUCAGCAUGUGCCGUAGUUACCCAAGACCUAAAGGCGGCUGGUUUUGUUAUCAACAGAAAAAAAAUCGCAUCUCCACCCCACUCACCAAUAUGACGCGGUCAUCCACGUUGAUGCAAG